GUCUCGCCUCCACGUGGCAAAAUGCCAUCCAGAGGUGUCGCCGAUCAAAAAGAUCAGCGCCGGUUGAGCGCCAGAUCGCUUGAGAAGCAGUGGCGGUGGGGAUGAAGGGUGUGGUCCCUGGGGUUUGGGGUUGAUUGGACCCUAAUUGAAUCAGAGAAACAUGCCCAUUUGAAGAGUAAAGUGAUUAAGAUACAGUCAUCCUAUCGCUGAAACACAUGUUGCUGAUCCAUGAUAUUGUCCCAUGUUCAAAACACAGCCUUUUGCCAAAACACGGCCUUUCAUGCAAAAGAGCUUCUUUCGAACACAAGGAUGUAUUAUGAAAAGGGUAUCUAAAAAGAGCUACCGUUGAGGUUGAGGGGAUAUAUUGAAGCAGUGCUUGAAUCUUUUCUCUUGCAUGCCUGCACCGUGAUUAUGAUAUGACUAUGAUGAAUCAUACAUCUUGAAUUCGAGACUCUUUCCGGUGCGUCUUCGUCAGAGUUCUUGCUUGGCUUGCCGCCACAACAGCUCCCCACAGAGGACCUACGCAGCAGGCCGCUAACAAAAGAGCCGCCACUUGAUGGUUUGUAAUUGUAUUAUCGACCAGGUUCGGAGAAUUCUUUUGAGGCAUCACUGUAAAUCCAUGCAUGCCUAAAGGCAACUAGCACUCUCUUGCUGUGUGGCUGCUUGUGCGUUUCAUCACUUCAAGGCUUCAACCUCCCACAAUGCUCUUCUUUUGAAGCCUUUCGUGUUUGAGGUGCUAGAUUCGCCAGAGGAGAGGUGAUCAGCUCAUUAUUCAGAGUCGUUUUACUCCUUACAUGUUUGACGCUAGUGUUGAAUCGAGAAUGUGCACCGUGCAUGGGUUGCCUUGAGAGUGAAGGCCUUCAAGAAAGCUUGCAAAAAACGAAACCAAACGCACACCCUCGGACCCUCAGACAAAACCGGUGUUGGAAACCUGGAGUUGGAUGCAAAGCCCUGUGAGGUCGGAGUCGGACUCCAAGGCCGAAUGCAUACGUUUGCAGUAUGCUCUUCAAAGAAUGAAAACGCUGAUGCGAGAGGAGCGAGCGCGCUGGCAUGAAGAGCGGAUGCAGCUGAUGCAGGAGCUGGCGGCCACAAAACAAGCCUUGUCCCAAGCGCAAGCAUCUGAUGACAUCUCAGUGUCAGGGCGGCGGAGACAUCAGUUUGGAUCUAGUUCCCUGAGAUCUGAGAUUGUGGAGAUUGAUGCAUUGAAGAAUAAUGUACGCGCAGCUUUGGAUGCAAUGAAUGCAAUUCCUUAUGCAACCCAUCCAUCCUUAUCCAUUCAUAAACAACCUACGAUCAUGGAUAUACCAUUAAAC